AUGGCUUCAUACACGGAGUCGGAGCCGGUGUCCAACCGAUGUGAGACCGUUGGCCUAGGCGGUGAGGCCCUGACCAAAUUGAAGGCUGCCGGAAUCAAUACCCUUGCUAAGGUGGCAUUCGUUUCGUCUUACGCGCCAGGCGCUGCGUCAGAUUCCGAGCUCAUUAAGGUCCUCAAUGAAGCACUUGGGAAGGAGAGUGAUGCAGGCCAGAAAGCAUCCUGGCGCAGGCUAUUCCAUGAAGCUUAUGCCGUGGCUACUCAAGAGCUUAAGACGAUGGCCGAGCGGCCAGAUGAGGCAGGGCCAAGGCGUCUGUCACAGCCAGAGAGAGCGGAGAGGUACCGAAUGAUCAAGGCAUCUGUUUCAGGGAUCGAUAUCAAGGAUCGGAACGAGCCGAGCGAUGCAUUGCUGGACUUGUGUGUGGGCAUCUACGAAGGGAAUCGCCUUCGCUAUGUUUCUUGGGAUCGUUGCACAUCCAAGUCCCAGGAGCUCUCGAGUGAGGCGAAGCGUGACAGCAUGCUCACUGUGGAUUCCCAGGGGCGCUUGAAGGCUGAAGCUAAGAGCGAUCACAUUAAAGCUGACACGAGUUCGGAGAUUUUGUUGCAGUUCGCACUCUUGCGAAGAGGUCUUGCAUUGGAAAUGUCGAACUUGCUCGACUUUCGUUUGCAUCGCAGGUGGGCCGAAAAAUUGAUAGAGACAAGGAUGGCCGCCCAACUCGACACGCAUUCGCAAGUGUCUUUCGCCCAAUUGGAGGCGGCGGACCAGAAGUUCUUCCAGGAAUUAGCGGACAGGACUCGCGAUGGAGUCCAGGCCACCGCCCUCGGUCGCCCGUUGGACGACUGCUUCGACGAAGUUUUCAAUUUGCCAGAGGUCACGCGUGUGAUGCAGCCGCUGCCUAAGCCUAGCGGUCGUGUGGAGCCACCUCCGAAGCCGCGCUGGAGCCCGUAUGAUCGUCCCUCAAAGGGUGGUCGGAAAGGCAAGAGCCCAGGCACAGGUAAAAGCACGCCAAGGAUGCCCAGGGAGCUUGUUGGCUGCAAGGCAUGCACCAAUCGGGGCGACCCAAUCUGUUUUGGGUAUGGCUUGAAAACUUGCUCUGAGCAAGUGAAGGGCGGUCGCUGCCCAAAGGGGCUGCACGUAUGCGCCGUGGGUCAAGAUGAGAUGGCGGCGAUGCCAUCAGUGAAGGGAAGUGGGCAGCUCGGAGUGGGCUCGCCCAAGCGAGCGCGGUCAAGGGACCGUGCUACCGCACAAGCUGUUGAUUCGGCCGAGGGGUCGGAUUCUGAAUCCUCAAUUUUCGCUGCUGAGCAAGUAGCUGCAGAGCCUAUACUUUGUAAAGAUCCUGAGCAAUUUUCUGCUGCCGCAUCACUUAAGAAGCCUUUAGAUCUCAGAGAUGUUGUGACCUUGUGUGAUUUGCUGGAGAGUGAAAUCCCGGCAAGAGGGAACAAUUCUGAUGACGAGUUCAGCUGGAGCACAGGGGCGUAUGUGCAUGGAGGUGUUCACGGAUGCCGACAACAUAUGCAUCAGUUCCCAGUGACCUCCGCAUUCCUUGCGAAGGUCUUCAAGGAAUACCACCCGAGGCUUCCAGUGACAUCUUUGUCUUUGACUCGCAAUGUGCGAACAGCCUUGCAUCUGGAUGCAAACAAUGCAUUGGGCUAUCUGAACGGCUUGAUUAAGGUUCCAGAUCAAGAUGCCGAGAUGCUGCUUCGAGCCGGUUUCAAUUUGCCAUGUCAGGAUUCGUCUGUGUUGGCUCGUCUCCAGUCGGCCAACCGCAUCUUUAUUCAGCUGGGAGCCUUUUUGCUUCGGGCUCGGGAACUUGGGGUGGCGUUCUCGCUUAUGCACCCCAUGUCCUCUUGGCUUUGGGAGCUGCCUCCCUUCGCCGACCUGCUCAAGGUCUCUUCUGAGGUACCAGUGUAUCUGAUGUCUGACUUGCACAGGCUCCAGCAUUUUCGCUUAGUGUACACCUUGUGUGACCUGUCAUCGCUUGCCGCGGCUGACAGAACCGAUGCCAUGACGCAGAAACUCUUCUGUGAUCGUUUUGCUGCUGCCUUGUCCACUCAGGCAUCCAAGCUGCCACCGCUUGUGCCAGAGUUUGCCUACACGCAAUGUUUGACGUGUGAAGGCCCUCCACCUUUGGAUGCCAAGAAGCAGCUCACGCAUCCGUGGAAUGGCGUUCCCAAACAUGCCCGCCUCCUGCGCUCUUCCACUUCCGAAGGGGGGGCGACUGAGGAAUCCGCGCAGCAAGCGACCAACAUCUCUUCGCAGAAGCCUCGCCAUACUGAGUAUGUGUUCGGUGUGUAUCGCGAGCCGGUGCAAUUUGUGUAUCAGGCUGUCGCACUUCAGCAUCCGUUUGAUGCCGCCAGAGCUCUUCCGGAUAAGCUUGUUCGUGUGCUCUUUGCCACGUUGACCAAAGGUCCCUUAUGCAUCAUGCGAAACAGGUUACUCCUGCUGCAAAAGUGGAAUCAGUGGGCAAAGGACCUUCGCUCAGAUGAAGCCUCUCUCCAGGCCUCCCUGCAUCCUUCGGUCCGCAAGGUUCUUCAGGGAAAGAAGCUGCUCCUUCUUGACAAGAUUGCAAGAUCACUUGACUGGCCCGACAAACACCUGCAUCGUGACCUGUGUGCAGGGUUCAAGUUGUCAGGUGUUCCUGAUCCUACAGGUGUUUUUGAGCCGGACCACAAGCCUGCCUUGUCUUCAGAGGAGCAAUUCUGGGACGCUGCCGAAGUUUUGAAGCAUCAGCUUUGGGCACGGGUGAGGGAGCAGCCGGCUCAGGAGUACGACGCGGAGCUGGCCGAAAUCACACUGGGCGAAACCGAUGUAUCUGGAGGAAAAGGAUGGCUCGAGGGUCCUUUGUCAUUCUCUGAGCUCCAGGAUCGCUUUAAAGGCCAGUGGAUGCCGUACCGAAGGUUCGCUGUAUGGCAAAACAAGUGGAGGCCCAUCGAUGAUCUUAGCGAGUCGGGGCUCAAUGCAACAUUUGGCUGCCAUGAGAAGAUUCCGCUUAGGGCUUUGGACGAGGUGGUCUGGAUUUGCACAAAGAUAAUGCAGGCUGCCUCUGCUAGGGGCGAUGUCACGUUGCAACUGAGCUCGGGCGAAUCCUUGAAAGGCAAGCUGCAUGAACAUUGGGCCGACAAGGAGAAGAUCAGACCUGUCACUACAGCAUUUGAUCUUAAAUCCGCUUACAAACAGCUUCCUCUUGCACCGGAGGAGCAAAGUAAGGCGAUAGUCACCAUUCGACAUCCGUCGCAGACCGAGCCGUCCGGCUACAUAUGCCACACUCUUCCUUUCGGAGCCUGUGGAUCUGUUCUUCACUUCAACAGAGUCUCGGCUCUGCUGAGAAGGAUUAUGCUUGAGAUGGAGAUCUUGACGGCGCUCUACUAUGACGACUAUCCAGUAGUGUCGCCAUGCCUCCUUGGCAACAGCACGGCUGCAGCCUUCACUUCAGUAAUGUCGCAGGCCAUCGCCGUUGCCAUUGAGGAGAUUAUCACCAGAGGGCACGUUGCACCUCGUGAGUUGCCUUCUUUGUUCGGCAGACUUCAGUUCGCCGAGGCACAGAUCCUUGGCAGGAUGGGCAGGUUGGCAAUUCACGAUCUCAGAAGCCUUGAGAGGUCUUCUGCUGCGCGCGUCAACCUCACAGCUCAGCAUCUUGAAGCUUUGUUGCUCUUGAAGGAGCGCGUUGUGUCCGGAGCUCCGAGAAAUGUGUCCGCUUCAGUUGCGACCAGUCCUAUCGUGAUCUUCACUGACGGCUGCUUCGAGCCGGAUGCUGCGAACCCCGCUGGGGUGGGGGGUGUAAUGUUCGCUCCUUCGUCUGGUGGAGGCUUGAAGGUAAGGGCCUUUGGCUCGCUUGUUCCAAAGACGCUGCUUGAAGCAUGGCACGCCAGGGGCAAGCGACACCUCAUAGGCCAGGUUGAGAUGUUCGCUGUCAUCAUUGCCAGGUCGUGCUGGGCAAACGUCCUGGACGGUGCCAGGGUCAUUUAUUUCGUGGAUCACAGCGGUGUGCUUGCCGCCUGCAUAAGCGGAUCCUCCAAAGAGGAUACAUGGAGAAAGCUUUUGUGCGCAUUCGAGAAAGCUGAUUCGCUGCCUGCCAUGCAGUGGUUCAGCCGUGUUCCCUCACACUCGAAUAUCUCUGAUGGACCGUCGAGAGGUCGCUGGGAGGGCCUUUUGAGAGCUUUCCCGGAGUGCGUGAUUGAUGAUCCUUGUUGCCCUUUGACAGGGACAAUGCUUCAGCGCUUCGUUUAG